AUGGAGCGCGGGCUGCACCUCGGCGCGGCGGCCGCGGGCGAAGACGACCACUUCCUGCACAAGAGCCUGAGCGCCUCCACCGCCAAGCGCUUGGAGGCGGCUUUCCGCUCCACGCCCCCGGGCAUGGACUUGUCCCUGGCGCCGCCGCCUCGGGAGCGGCCGGCGUCCUCCUCCUCGUCGCCCCUGCGCUGCUUCGAGCCGGCUGACCCCGAGGGGGCAGGGUUGCUGCUGCCGCCGCCUGGAGGCGGUGGCGGCGGAGGUGGCGCGGGCGGUGGCGGCGGCGGGGUGAGUGUCCCCGGGCUGCUCGUGGGCUCAGCCGGUGUUGGGGGUGACCCGAGCCUGAGCAGCCUGCCGGCCGGGGCCGCCUUAUGCCUCAAAUACGGCGAGAGCGCGAGCCGAGGCUCGGUGGCCGAGAGCAGCGGCGGUGAGCAGAGCCCCGACGACGACAGCGACGGUCGCUGCGAGCUGGUGCUGCGGGCCGGAGGCGCCGAGCCGCGGGCUUCCCCCGGCGCGGGGGGCGGCGGCGCCAAGGCUGCAGAGGGCUGCUCCAACGCCCACCUUCACGGCGGCGCCAGCGUCCCCCCAGGGGGCCCCGGCGGCGGCGGCGGCGGCGGCGGCGGCGGGGGUAGCAGCGGUGGUGGCGGCGGUGGCGGCAGCAGCAAGAAAUCCAAAGAGCAGAAAGCACUGCGACUGAACAUCAACGCCCGGGAGCGCCGGCGGAUGCACGACCUGAACGACGCGCUGGACGAGCUGCGCGCGGUGAUCCCCUACGCGCACAGUCCCUCGGUGCGGAAGCUCUCCAAAAUCGCCACGCUGCUACUCGCCAAGAACUACAUCCUCAUGCAGGCGCAGGCCCUGGAGGAGAUGCGGCGCCUUGUCGCCUACCUCAACCAAGGCCAGGCCAUCUCGGCCGCCUCCCUGCCCAGCUCGGCGGCCGCGGCGGCGGCGGCUGCUGCCCUGCACCCUGCGCUCGGCGCCUACGAGCAGGCGGCCGGCUACCCGUUCAGCGCCGGGCUACCCCCAGCCGCCUCCUGCCCGGAGAAGUGCGCCCUGUUCAACAGCGUCUCCUCCAGCCUCUGCAAACAGUGCACGGAGAAGCCUUAAACACACCCCCGAAAAACACAAGACCGACCCAAAAGCUGGAGGAAAGCGAAAAGCUGCUCCCCACCCCUUUUAUUUCGGUCCUCCCCUAGUUGUGAAACUUGCAGAG